AUGAACGAAGACCUGAAGGAAUUGAGCAAUUACAAAUAUGAAGAAGAGUCUGAUGAUAAUUCGAAGACCUCCAACUCGGAGGAUGAUGAAGAAAUUGAAGAAGAAAUUGAUAUUUAUUUGAAUAAUAUUAACGAGAGCAAUUUAAAUAAUAUUAACACAUACCUGAUCCAGUACCCACUGAGGCCAAAGUACAGACCGUAUAAAUACACAAACAAUAUGCAAAAAAUAUAUACUUGCAAAAACUAUAGUAAAUUAAAACAUAUAAAAAGUAAAGGCAACACAAAUGAAGAGGAGACAUACGUUUUCGAAUACAAACUUCACGAGUACAUGAAGGAGGAAGAGUCUCAUGACUCGACUACCAUAUAUAGGGACACAGAAAAUGACAGAAAUGUAAGCAGACUCAUCAGCACAAGUGUUCUGUGUGAAUAUAUAACAAAUUGCGUUUGCUUAUUUCAAUACAAUGAAAUUAAAAAGAAGAAAGAAAUUUAUAUGGUCCCUUUAAAACAUAUUUACCAGUUUAAGCCAUGGCAUGAUAAUAUCAAAUUGGAUGUAGACAUGGAAGGGAAAAGCAAACCCAGUGAACCUGUCCAUGCGAACAAUAUAAAAGAAAAUUCUGAACCAGGGGAGAGUAAGUACCCAAAUGAAAACAACCAUCCGGUUACUGCGGAACAUCAAUGGACAAGCAUUGUAAAUAUUUAUGAACCGGAUUCUCUGGAGGCUCAAGAAAUGUUGGAACUCUUCACCAAUGUUAGUAACAAAAAUGAUAUUCUUAGUUGUAGGGGUUAUGCGGGGAGUAGUAAUAACCCUGGGGAAGGAAGGAGCAUCGGCAAUGUGACCAGGUCAAGAGAAAAAGAGGAUAGGGAAGCCCUCCAAAUAAUGUUCAACAACGAUGGACAGCUGUACCUAAAUCAUAUGUGCAAAAACGCCAAGGAGGAACACACGAGCCAUUUGCCAUCAGAUGGAAAUGUAAAAGAUAGAAAGUCAAAGGACAGCAGUAGACACCACAAUAGCAGCCUGUACAGAAAUGAAGAAGAUGUGUGCACCAAUUUGAACAUGCUUUAUUUCUUUUCGCUAAACCUGGAUGAACAAAUUUUAAAAAUAAUGAGAUUGAAAAAUGUACAGAGGUUUUGCGAAAUUCAAAAAAUUAUUAAAAAAAAUAUCGACCAGGAUAUUUUGCUAAACACGGUCCAAAAAUAUUGUGUCAACGUGCUAGGGUUGUGGAUCAUCAAAUCGAAAUAUUUAUAUAAAUUUUUAAAAGGAAAGGAACCCAAAAGUGAGAGUGAGAAAAAGACAAAUAAUUUGGAAAAUUUCUCCUACAUGGAUUACAAAAUAAGAGUUCGCGAUUUAUUACUGGUGAUUAUAUUCAAGCAGGUAGAGGCCAUUUUAUUGAACCAUGUGUAUAACAUCAGGAUUGGCAAAAAGGGUACUAACGAUUCAAGGAAAAGAGGACAGGACGAUAAGCGUAGCGAUGGGGAUAGUAAUAGUAACAUUAGCAGAAACGCAGACGCUGAUGUGGACUCCAAAAAAAUAAACUCUUCUACGUCCAUCCUGAUGGAAAAUUUCGAAAAGGCCACCAACCUACCCAACAAUGUACUCUCAGAGAUGUUCCUACCUCUAUGCGAAUAUAAAUAUACAGGGUAUUUUUUCAAGCAUAAAAUGGAUGAAGAAUUUGUAAAUAAUCAUACCCAGUUGUGUCUAUCCAUUAAUGAAAAAUGGAAAAAAAAAAUGGUCAAAAUUGCGAAAAUUAUUCAAACUUAUAAAAAUAGUAAAAUUAUAAUUAAUGAUUACAAAUUGGAUAUUAGGACAUUGGAAAAAAAUAUCACAGAUGUGCUACACAAUAAUUGUAUACCAUUUGAUGAUAUAUAUAAUAAAAUAAGAAAAGACGCAAAAAAUGCAAAUAUUGAUUUACCUUUCUUUAUGAAAGCUCUAAAUAAUAUCGCCCUUCAAAUUAACAAUAUGUGGUUUUUGCGAAUAGAAAAUCAGAGUGAGUUCAACAAAUGCAGAAAUGCUGUUAUUAAUAUUUUUCAAACGAACCAUAAUUCUGUUUUCACAAAAAAUGAAAUCGUCAAGCAUGUGGAAAUGGUUAUUCAGUCCACCUUAACCAUUCCUGAUAUUUAUUUUAGGAACAUCUUAAAAGAGUUCUGCGUUCAGAGGAAUGGCGUGUAUUUAUUUAAGGGCAACGAUCAGCUCCGCGAGGGGGAUGCGGCUCGUGGGGGAUAA